AUGAUUUACUCUAUUUGGAAUGUCAGGGGCCUGAAUGACCCUGGCAAAGUUGCCUCUGUAAAGAGGUUGCUUUAUUCUCAUUCAGUUGAUGUUGUUGGUUUGCUUGAAAUAAAAAUCAAAUUGAAAAAUGUCCUCACUUAUCAGAGGAAGUUUGGCUCUUCUUGGCUCUGGUUGUGUAAUUAUGACUAUUCUCCUAAAGGGAGGAUUUGGCUUGGUUUGAAUGCGGAUAGAGUAACUGUUAAUGUCUUGAAGGUUCAUGAACAGUUCAUUCAUUGUAGUGUUUCUUCUAAGGACCUCUCUACUCAGAUUCAUCUCACUGUUGUUUAUGGGCUUCACUCCAUUCAUGAUAGGCUUCCUUUAUGGGAGGGACUUAGAAGAAUCUCUAUUCAGCAUUCUCCUUGGCUUUGUGUUGGUGACUAUAACUCUGUUCUUCAUACCUCAGAUAAGCUUCAUGGUACUGAUGUUACUAAUUAUGAGACUAGAGACUUUCAAAGCCUGGUUGAUGAUUUGGUUCUCACUGAGAUCAAAAGCAAAGGGGCCUUCUACUCUUGGUCUAAUAAGGCUCAUACUAGCCCUAAAACUCUCUCUAGAAUUGACAGAGUUUUCGGUAACCAAGCUUGGUUAGCCUCUCAUGGGCAUGUGGAGACUGUCUAUCUUCCUCCUUCUUUAUCUGAUCACAGUCCUGUUCUUUUGGAUAUUUGUUCUGCCCCUGCGGGGAAAGGUAGACCUUUAAGAUUUUUAAACUGUUUCACCCUGAUUUCCUUGAUACUGUUUCGCAGGCUUGGGGUUCUGAAUCCUGAUGAUUUGGAUUUAUAUACUAAAGAAUCUGAUGCUAUUAAGGUUGUCAAACAUUGGAAUGAUUUCCAGGAAAGCAUCUUCAAGCAAAAAUCUAGAAUCAAUUGGGUUAAGCUUGGAGAUGGCAAUUCUCACUAUUUCUUCUCUAUGAUGAAGACUAGACAGGCAAGGAAUAGAAUUGACUCCAUCUUUGAUUCUAAUCAGGUGUUUCUUAAGGAUCCAAAUGCUAUUUCUCAUGAAAUUAUCUUUUUCUAUAAGUCUCUUCUAGGGACUCAGGCUCCUUGGCUCCCUGCUGUUGAUCUUGUCACUAUGAGGAGGGGUAAGCAGCUCAGCUUUGCUGCUCAGAGCUUCCUCAUUAGGCCUAUUUCUCAUGCUGAAAUUUAUGUUGCCCUUAAGGGAAUUGAUAACACUAAAGCUCCUGGUAUUGAUGGCUUUAACUCCUUUUUCUUUAAGAGAGCUUGGCAUAUUGUGAAAGAUGAUAUUUAUGCUAGUGUUAUUGAUUUUUUAACUAAAGGGACUUUGCCUAAGCAGUGGAAUUGUACAACUAUCACUCUGGAACCUAAAAUCCUUUCUGCUUCUCAUGCUAAGGAUUUUAGACCUAUAGCCUGUUGUACUGUGGUCUAUAAGCUCAUUUCUAAGGUCAUAACUGCUAGGCUUGCUGCUUUCAUUGGUGAGGUGAUUGAUGAUGCUCAGGCAGGGUUCAUUCCAGGCAAGCACAUUGGUGACAAUAUCCUUCUUGCAACUGAACUGAUCAAAGGCUAUGAUCACAAAUUUAUCUCUCCUAGGUGUAUGGUUAAGGUGGAUUUGAAGAAAGCUUAUGAUUCAGUUGAAUGGGAAUUCUCGAUCACCGUCAUGCAAGAGCUUGGUUUCCCUCAGAGAUUUGUUGGUUGGAUCUGGACCUGUCUUACUUCCGUCUCUUACUCUAUUCUGAUUAAUGGUGUUCCUGCCCCUCCCUUUGAAGCUAAAAAAGGGUUAAGACAAGGUGACCCUAUGUCUCCCUUUCUCUUUGCUAUUGCCUUCUCGAAAUUUUCGAGUGCUUCUGGGCUUUCUGCCAAUCUUGAUAAAAGUGAGGUUUAUUUGGGAGGGGUCUCUGCUGAUAUUCAGAAAGAGUUGAGGGAGCUUCUUGGUGUUUCUCAAGGUACCAUUCCUUUUAGGUAUCAUGGGGUCCCUCUCUCUUCCAAGAAGCUUACUAUUGCUCAAUGUAGGCCUUUGGUGGAGAAGGUCACUGCUAGAAUCCAAGGGUGGAUGGCUAAACACUUGUCCUAUGCUGGGAGGCUUCAAUUGGUGAAGAGUGUGUUGUUUGGUAUUCAGACUUAUUGGGCUCAAAUUUUUAUUCUACCGAAGAAAAUUCUGAAAGAGAUUGAGGCUAGGUUCAGGUGUUUUCUUUGGACUGGAUCCUCUGCCCCUGCUAAGAAAUCUUUAGUUGCUUGGAAUAAUGUCUAUCUUCCUAAAGUCUGUGGUGGCUGGAACUUGCUUUCUCUUCUUGAGUGGAAUAAAGCAGCUGUCACUAAGUUACUUUGGGAUAUUGCUCACAAGGCUGAUAAUCUUUGGUUCUUGAAGAAGAUUUUGAGUUGUAAAGAUGUUGUGAAUGAUCAAGGGGGAUGGGAUGGUUUCAUACAAGGCAACAAGUUAAAAAUCAAGAAGCUUUAUGCUGCUAUUAGGCCUCAAGUGCCUAAAGUUCCUUGGAAGAGAGUUAUUUGCCAAAACUUAGCAACUCCUAAGAGUGUGUUUAUCUUGUGGCUAGCUUUGUGGGAUAGGCUUGUCACUAAGGAUAGGUUGCUUCAAUGGCACAUCUCUUGUGAUCCAAAGUGUUUCUUGUGUCUGAAUAGCAAUGAAAGUGUUCAGCAUUUAUUUUUUGAUUGUGAUUUCUCUAGGAAGGUUUGGAGCAAGGUGUUGGGUAUCUUACGGGUUUCCAAGCCUGUUCAGCAGUUUAGUGAUGAGGUUGAUUGGAUGAAGAAAAUCUGCAGAAGUUCCAGGUUGAAAAACAAAGUGAUCCAGGUGGCCUUCACUAAAACAGUUUAUGGUAUUUGGAUACAAAGGAAUGCAGUUCUCUUUACUGGUUGUUGUAAAUCUGUUGAUGCUCUAGUUAGGGAUAUUGUCUUUCAUUCAGUUUUUGCUUCUGCUGUUCUUGCUGUUUCUACCUGCCUGCUAUAUGUCCUGCUGUUUGAUGCAUACUGCUGUCUACUUGUUGUGCACUGCUGUCUGUUUUGCUGUGCACUGCUGUCUGUUUGCUCUGCUGUCUGUGUUACUGUGCUCUGCUGUGCAUUGUUGUCUGUUGCUUGCUGCACUAUUCUCUACUGUCUGCUGCUUGUUGCUGUCUGCAUUGCUGCCUUUCUGCCCUGCUGGUCUGCAUGCUGGCUGUGUGUCUGCACUGCUGUCUGCACUACUAUCGAGUUGACAAGGGUUUGGUCUGCUGCUGGUUGCUGGUGGCCUCACCCUGGUGCUUUUGAUGCUGCUCGUUUUUUUGUUUUUUGUUGGUUUUACUGGUCAGUUUGUAGGCAUGUCUACUUCUGA